AUGGCAUCAUUACCUGUGAUAAAUUCACAAUAUCCAAUGGUAAAUUAUCCAAUGACUGUAGUUGAUUAUAACCAAUACCCACUUGUAAAAUCUGAAUCUCAACUCAAUGACUACUUAUCACUUAAUCAAUCAAAAGUAAAUUACAUAGAAACAGAUUAUUCCCAAUUAACAUCAAUGCCUACACAAAUUACUCCUUUAAUUCAUCCUACUGAUACUUCUUUAACUAAACUACGAACUAACUUAAUACAAGAACUUCAAAACGCUUCUUCUCAAAUAUUAGGGGCAAUUGCACAAAAAUAUAAACCAGGUGAAGAUGAUGUUGUUAUUGAUAUAGAUACAUUAACAAUUGAUGAUAUUAAUAAUAUUCUUAUUCAAAUACAACAACAAUGA